UUGAGUGAUAGAGGACAGAUGGCGUGUCGCCGAUAUAAGGCAUAAAAAUGUUGUAUUGGUGAAGUGGAGAAAGAGCUGCGGUUGAGACUCAUCCCGAGGAAUUAUGGGAUCAUGACGGAGGACGUGUUCAGGAGCUCUCGCGUGUCCAUGAAGGUGGCCGCUUUGCACUUUGUGGACCUUCCACUGUCGGUCUAUUACUCUCUUCCACAGGUGAGUCUGAGCACCGGCACCAAGAAGCUCUUUGCCGCCACUGCCUUCGGCGCAGUCUCCCUCAUCUUCCUCGCACGCCGCUUCAGGAGGAGGAAGGGCAAGAAUAAAGCCAGUUCGCCUGUAGAGCAGGAAACAUUUGAAUUCCUCACUUCUGUCCCUAUGAAAAAAGAGAAUGACUAUCAAAAUCUGCCUCUGAACUCAAAGAGCUGCUACUCAUGUAAUGUGGUUUCCAGUGGUGGCCUGUACGGGAAGCUUUCGGGCUCCCUGCAAAGCCUGGCCUCGGGGAGGAGCAGGCACUCCUCCAGUAGCUCCACCUGUGCUAAUGGCUCCAGCUGCUGGGACGGGGCAGGAGAUGAGGGUGACGUCUGUAAUCUGCUCAACAUCCCUGUUGUCACUCCAGAGAAUCUCUACCUGAUGGGAAUGGAGUUGUUCGAGGAGGCCCUGCGGCGCUGGGAACAGGCACUAACAUUCCGCAGCAGGCAAGCGGAGGAUGAGGACAGCUGUGCGUCGGUCAAGCUGGGAGCUGGAGAUGCCAUUGCAGAAGAAAGCAUGGAGGACAUCAUCAGUGCAGAUUUCAUCCAAAAGCUGGAGUCUCUGCUACAGAGAGCCUAUCGGCUCCAGGAGGAGUUUGAGGGAGCGCUGGGAAUGACAGACCCCUUAACAUGUCCUAGUAACGACACGCACAUGGAUCUCUCUGUGCGGGAGGACUUGGAGGACAACUGUCACAGAGAUUCAGUCAGCAUCGCCUCGACAGAUUCCUUUGUGUCUGCAGCAGAGUUAUCUGAGCACAGAGAGAGGAGUGCCCAUGCACUGUGUCAUCACCCCUUCUACGAGGAGGCCCUGCAGAUGGCGGAGGAGGGGAAGAUCUCCUGUCGAGUGCUACGAACAGAAAUGCUUGAAUGCCUUGGAGACACUGACUUCCUGGCGAAACUGCACUGUAUACGGCAGGCGUGUCAGGUAAUCUUAUGUGAAAGAGCAACUAGAGCAUUUCUGGCUGACACAGGAAAGAGGAUAUUGUCUUCAAUAAUUGUUAAAGCAAAGAAGAGCCCAAAGAGAUUUGAGGAGGUGUUCGAAGAAAUGAUCUGCUUCAUGGAGCAAACAGACCACUGGGAGAACACCGAAAUUGAGCUUUCUGCAAGAGGGGUUAAACAUCUCAACUUCUAUGACAUCGUUCUUGACUUCAUUCUUAUGGAUUCAUUUGAGGAUCUUGAGAAUCCACCAGUCUCAAUCCAAAAUGUGGUGAACAAUCGUUGGCUCAACAACUCCUUCAAAGAGACAGCUGUUGCAUCAAGUUGUUGGUCCGUUCUAAAGCAGAAGAGACAACAUAUGAAGGUUCAAGAUGGCUUCAUUGCACAUUUCUAUGCAGUGUGUGAACACAUAAGUCCGGUCUUGGCCUGGGGGUUUCUCGGUCCCAAAAAUUCCCUGCACGAUUUCUGUGACUUCUUCAAGGAGCAGGUGCUGUUCUUCCUAAAGGACAUCUUCGACCUGGAUAAAGUGCGAUACUCUAGUCUGGACACUCUGUCUGAAGAUGUCCUGCACCUGCUUCACCGACGCUCAGAGCUGCUUCUGGCCUACCUGGGCACCGACAUGAUCCGUCACCUAAACGGCUGUAGUGGCACACCUUUGCACCUGGUACACAGUGCUUUACUGGAGGCACAGGUUCAGUGAGCUACAGCUGUGACACAUCCUUACAUUUCCAGGGGCGUGUACUUGCCUACAGUUGCUGAGUCCAGCACACAUUAUUAUUAUUAGUGCCA